AAAGGAGUGAGUAGCUCCCAAAUGUCUGGCCUCCUCCCCUCCCGCCGCCACCUCUCCUACGCCUCCGCCUCCGCGGCCUCUCUCAGCGAGCUCGCCUCCCUCAUCGCCGCCGGCCGCUUCCACCGCUCCGUCGACCUCGCCAAAUCCCUCCUCCUCUCCUCCCAUCCCCCCGCAGCCAAUGUCCCCGACAUCUACCACGCCCUCGCCGCCGCCGCCGCCGCCGACUGUCGUGGUGACCUUCCCUCUCACUCCUUUCUCUGCGAUGCCUCCUCCGCCCUCGUCGUCGCCUCCGCGCGCCUCCGCCAACCCGACGGCGCGCUCCGCCUGCUCUCCCUUCUCGCCAGCGCGGGCAACGGCGCCGACGCCGGCGCCGCGCGCGCGCCGCUGCCGUCCCUCUCAUCCUGCAACCUCCUCCUCGAGUCCCUCCUCUCCCUCGGCCGCCACGCCGACGCGCGCGCCGCGUUCGGCGUCCUCGUGGCCGCCGGGGCGCGCCCGGACACCUUCGCGUGGAACAAGGCCAUCCAGGCCUCCGUCGCGGCGGGGGACCUCGAUGAGGCCGCCGGCAUGCUGCGGCGGAUGGGCCGCGACGAAGGGGCGCCUCCGCCCGACGCGUUCUCGUACAACGUGGUCAUCGCGGGGCUGUGGAGGGCGGGGAAGGGUGACGACGCCCUCAAGAUGUUCGAUGUAAUGGCGGAGAGGGGAGUCGCGCCGAAUAGGAUCACAUACAACACAAUGAUCGAUGGGCAUGUCAAGGGCGGGGACCUGGAGGCUGGUUUCAGGCUGCGGGAUCAGAUGCUCCAUGCUGGCCCAAAGCCCAAUGUGGUCACUUACAAUGUGCUGCUAUCAGGGCUGUGCCGUGCUGGUAGGAUGGAUGGGACGAGAGCAUUGUUGGAUGAGAUGGCAUCGCAUAGAUUGGUGCCGGACGGUUUCACAUACAGCAUUUUGUUUGAUGGUAUCACGAGAAAUGGAGAUUCACGGACCAUGCUAUCUUUGUUUGGCGAGUCUUUGAAGAAAGGUAUCAUGAUUGGGGCUUACACUUGCAGCAUCUUGCUGAAUGGUCUGUGCAAAGAGGGAAAGGCUGCAAAGGCAGAACAGGUGUUGGAGAUGUUGGUGCACACAGGACUGAUCCCAACACGAGUGAUCUACAACACUCUAAUAAACGGUUAUUGUCAGAUUCGGGACCUUCAAGGGGCCUUCUCCAUCUUUGAGCAGAUGAAAUCACGUCACAUUAGGCCAGAUUACAUCACCUACAAUGCAAUAAUAAAUGGUUUGUGUAAGGCAGAGAUGGUGACCAAAGCAGAGGAUUUGGUGAUGGAGAUGGAGAAGAGUGGAGUGGAUCCGAGUGUGGAAACCUUCAAUACACUGAUUGACGCUUAUGGGAGGGGUGGGCAACUCGAGAAAUGUCUCAUUGUUCUAUCUGAUAUGCAAGAGAAGGGUAUAAAGUCAAAUGUUGUCUCUUUUGGUUCAGUUGUCAAUGCUUUUUGCAAGAAUGGAAAAAUCCAGGAAGCUGUAGCAAUCUUGGAUGACAUGGUACACAAAGAUGUUUUGCCAAAUGCACAGGUUUACAACUCAAUCAUCGAUGCUUAUAUAGAGUCUGGUGCCAUUGAGCAGGCUUUUGUUCUUGCUGAGAAGAUGAAGAAUAGUGGAGUAUGUGCAAGUAUAGUUACCUACAAUUUGUUGUUAAAAGGCCUUUGCAAAAGUUCACAAAUAGAUGAAGCUGAACAAUUGAUCUGCAACUUAACAGAUCAUGGGCUAAGACCUGAUGUUGUCAGCUACAAUACUAUAAUAUCAGCAUGCUGUAACAAGGGUGAUACUGAUAGAGCAUUGGAGCUUCACCAAGAAAUGCACAAGUAUGGCAUCAAACCUACACUGAGAACAUACCAUACACUUCUUAGUGCAUUGGGUAGUUCAGGGAGAGUACAUGAUAUGGAAAGUCUGUAUCGGCAAAUGUUGCACAAGAACGUGGAGCCUAGCAGUAGCAUAUAUAGCAUCAUGGUUGAUACCUAUGCAAGAUGUGGCAAUGAAUUAAAGAUGGAAUCUCUUAAGAAAGAAAUGUCAGAGAAAGGAAUCGUCAUUGAUGACACAGAAAGAACUAACUGUGAGCUAGAUAGGAGUAUAGCAAGUCCAGUUUGAUUGCAUUGUUUUGAAAUGAACAGGCUGGAGGGCUGCCUAUUGUGUUAAUAGAAAAAAAAGAGUUUCAGAGUUAGUUUAAUUGUACAGAUACAAAAAGGAAUAGCAUUAUCCAGCUCCAAAGGAUGCUAACUGUUAGGUAUAUUUGUCCUGAAUUUUUUGCUCCUGCUAAGAAUGUGAUCAUUGGUUUCUUUUUUA